AGGCAAAGGAACGUCCUUGCUGCCUCCUUACCAUCUUUUGAGAAGCCAUGUGUGACUGUCUGUCUGGUGAUAGCGUCCCGGGAGAUCCCCGAGCUCUCUACGCCAAUGAGUGGAACACCGGCAUGUGCAACGCCCCUUGCGCCAACCCCCUGUGCUGCCUCGCAGGGCUCCUCUGCCCCUGCCCCUCCGCCUGCUUCAUCCGUAGGCAGGCGCUGGACACGGACAUGACGCGGUACAAGUGCUGCCAGGGCUACUACGACUUCUGCUGCUUCCAGGCUGGGAACUUUGGCGAGUCGAGCUGUCCGGACUUAUGCAACGGACUCGAGGCUCUGCUGUGCUUCUCGUGCUCCAUCUCCUCCACGAGGAUGCUCGUGAUGGACACGAGGGACAUCCGGCCGGACCCGUGCGACAACCGACUCAUCGGGCUGAACAACUGCCUGCAGCUGCUGUCCUGCAUCUGCAACAUCCUCGCCAUGUUCAUAGAGGAGCUGGAGGCCCUGGCGGACCUCGUCGACUUCAUAGCAGACGUUGUGUUUGCGCUGGUGUCGUCGUGCAUGAUAGCGCAGGUGAACUACGAGCUGAACCACGGGGCCCGUCCAGUGAACUGGAACAAGCCACUGAUGCCGAGGGCGGGGAGCAAGGCGCAUAGGGAGAUGAGGAACCAAGCGGGAGGAGGAGUUUAGUCAGAGUGGACAGCUUUAGUUGGCGUUUUGUGCUAGAAAGAUUGUUUUUGCAUCUUUGCCAGCGGUUGUGUCUGUUUCUUCAUAAAGAGGUCUGUCU